AUGAGAGGGGCCAUGCAGGUCUCGGUCAUGCUGCUGCUGGUGGCGGUGUCCGACUGUGCCGUGAUCACCGGGGCCUGUGAGCGCGACGUCCAGUGUGGAGCGGGCACCUGCUGUGCCAUCAGCCUGUGGCUCCGGGGCCUGCGGAUGUGCACCCCGCUGGGCCGGGAAGGAGAGGAGUGCCACCCGGGGAGCCGCAAGAUCCCCUUCUUCAGGAAGCGCCAGCACCACACCUGCCCCUGCCUGCCCAACCUGCUGUGCUCGCGGUACCUGGGCGGCAGGUACCGCUGCUCCGCAGACUUGAAGAACAUCAACUUUUGAGCUCGUCUGGCCUCAGGAUGCCCACCAGCCUUCUUGCUGAUGCCACCAGGAUGGUCUCUUACAUACUUUUGCUUUAUUUCU